AAUCGUUCCCCGGCACGAGUCACGUACCCGUUCGGGUACGGUAGAGCCUUGGCCGAAGACCAGCAUCAAGAUAAAGUCAGUGGGAGCUGUACCCAAGGAUGCGCAGGAACGGGUGGUGCCGUUAGUGGUGGAUAACAACUCGUUGGAGGGGCCAGCGAGUGACGAGGAAGGGGGCCACGGAAACGGCCCCCGAAAGGGCCCGCUGGAUGGUCUAAUCUACGAGCAACCAUCAAGACCUAACCGGCAAGAGGGCGAAUACAUCCGACCAACCGAGACGCAGGAGCUUAGUACCGUCUUUGGUUCAGAUCUGGCCGCAGUGGACACCGGACUGGGACCCACCAAUGAACGCAUAGAGCUUAAUGAAAGGACCGGAAGCAAGAUCAAGCAGUCACAAAGCCCCAUAGUGUCGGCAAUCGACGAUCACGUCUCGAUCUUGAUACAUUGCAAACAUCAUCCGGAGGGAUUCAACGGCGCAGCCUUGGAGCUACAAUCGACCGGCGACAAUUCCGACGCGCGCUCAAAGCGUUCGAGGAAGACGUUGGACGAGGACGAUAACGAUAACGACGACGAGCAACCGGCGAGAAGAAUCUGCGCGGCACAUCGGCACAGAGUGUCCUGCCACGUAGCGCGAGCCCACACGGAGCCACCCUGUCGAAGAGACGUAAAUCGAAGUCGACCCUGUCGUGUUCAUGAUCGCCGGCGGGACUGCCCCAGAGGAAAGUCGACGGAAAGACCAGAACAUCGACAUCUGAGGUUCCACGAUCCGAACGCCAUCGUACGAUUAGAACAAGACCCAAUACUUCGUCCAGUUCGCAUUCUCGGCUGUCCUUCCGCGGAGGGCCAAGAGAUAACUUCCUAUCUGGAACCGGCCGGACCCAGUUACGUUUACACGGGUGUCGGCGUUGGUGGUCAGUUCGCCGGCGGUGAACCGCACUGCUUCGAUCUGCACAAUCCAGACAAUAUUCUGCCCAAGAGCCGCGUCGGCAGUAUUGCCAGGCUCCUCGACGGUCCGAAUCGCGCCGUGAAGGAUAUCAAUCGCAAGGUCUUGGCGAUGGCGCGUGCCAUGACACCCGCCUGGUCGCUGCGCCUGCUUGGCGUCAGCUGCGGUUCCGUGCUUUGCGCCUGGGGACUUUUGUUGAUAUUAUCCGUGCUUGGUGGCGGUGCUUCGCAUGGCACCGGGAUCGGUAACUUCGGCCUCGGUAGUAUGACGGGUACGAUGGACGAUUUGAAUGGCGUUAGAUGUCCUUGGGCGUGCACGUGCGGCGGACAGGAGGUGGAUUGUUCUCAUCGUGAACUCACGCAGAUUCCUGGUGACCUGGCGAGCCUGCUCAUCGCGGAAAAACUAGAUCUUCAAGAAAAUAACGUAUCGGUGAUAUUCAAGACCGAUUUUGAAGACAUGGCAACGCUCCAUGUUUUGUUACUAUCAAACAAUCAAAUACACACCAUCGAAAGAGGGGCUUUCCAAGAUUUGGUGGCGGUGGAAAAACUACGGUUAAACAAUAAUCAAAUACGUCAUUUGCCCGAUCUUCUCUUCAGCAAUAUGAUGAAUUUAAAACGGCUAGAUCUUAGCCACAAUCAGAUUGCCACCAUAGGACCGAAGACUCUCAGAGGAGUGUCCGCUCUCAGACAUUUAUUACUUGACAAUAAUGUAUUGACUUGUGUGGAUGAGGCUUCGAUACGAGAAUUGAAAGAUUUGGAAAUAUUAAUGCUGAAUAAUAACAAACUUAUAACGCUCGGCAAAGAGAUAUUGAACGGCUUGUCGCAUUUGCGAACUUUGAAGCUUGCGGAGAACGCAUUCGCUUGCGAUUGCCAUUUAGCAUGGUUAUCGCGUCAUUUGAAGACUUAUCCUCGCCUAGGGCAACAUACACGAUGCGCAUCUCCGGCUCAUCUCAAGGAACGCAAUCUCGCCGAAGUGCAAGAGCACGAGUUCAAAUGUUCGGGUCUGGUCGAGCGAACGGGAUCGGAAUGCAGCGCUGAGCCCCAAUGCCCGCAUCCUUGUAAAUGCGCUGAUGGGAUCGUCGAUUGCAGAGAGAACUCCUUGACGAAAGUGCCAACCCACCUUCCCGAGGAUACCACAGAGUUGCGGCUGGAACAAAAUGGCAUUACGGAAAUUCCACCAAAGGCUUUCUCGCCAUAUAGAAAAUUGCGAAGAAUUGACCUGAGCAACAACCAGAUAAAAAAGGUAGCAGCAGAUGCUUUCCACGGAUUGAAGUCCCUCGAAUCGCUAGUUCUAUAUGGCAACAAAAUCACUGAGCUACCAGCUGGUCUUUUCCAAGGCCUUACAAAUCUGCAAUUAUUGUUACUGAAUGCCAAUGAGAUAUCAUGCAUACGAACAGACCUGUUCAAAGACUUAACCAGUCUUACCUUGCUGUCUUUGUACGACAACAAUAUACGUUCGUUAGCUAAUGGGACUUUUGCCAACCUGCGGAGCAUUAAAACACUACAUUUGGCGAGGAAUCCGUUCAUCUGCGAUUGCAAUCUACGCUGGCUGAGCGCGUAUCUUCACGCGCAUCCUAUAGAGACAUCCGGCGCUAAAUGCGAAACGCCAAAAAGAGCGCAGAAACGGAAGAUCGAUUCGAUGCGGGACGACAAGUUCAAAUGUAAGGGUGACGAGGAACUGCUAACAAAAAGAGCUGGCGAAUGCAUUCUGCCUGGCGCUUGCCCCGCGCAGUGUACAUGCAAUGGCGCGACGGUCGAUUGCUCCAACAAAAGAUUAACUGCGAUACCAAAAGACUUACCGCUUUACACGUCGACUUUGUUGUUGAGCAACAAUGAACUGGACAAGAUCAAAGCGGACGGCCUUUUUGAGAAGUUGCCGGAGCUACAGCAUCUGGAUCUCAGAAAAAAUAAAAUCUCCCGCAUCGAGGCGUCCGCCUUUCAAGGGGCUCAUAAUCUCACCGACCUACUUUUGUCCGAGAAUAGGCUGCGAGAAGUGCACAACAAGAUGUUCUCCGGCCUACCGAGCCUUAAAACACUGAAUCUCCAUGGUAAUUCCAUUACAUGCGUUAUGCCGGGAUCGUUCGACGGAAUGCCGCACAUACGUGCUAUUAACAUGCAAGGUAACCCGCUAUCGUGCAACUGCUAUCUCGCGUGGUUCGCCGGAUGGUUGAGGAAACGAGAUAUAGCCGGAAUCACUGGCCGUUGUCACGAUCCACCGCGAUUAAAGGAUGCCAUCAUCAAGGAUAUUCCGCACCAUGAAUUCAAAUGCAACAACGACAGCGUGGGUUGCCUAGGCGACGAUUACUGCCCGCCUCAAUGUAAUUGCGCGGGUUCGGUGGUGAGAUGUUCGAGGUCUCAGCUUACAGAGAUUCCACGCGGGAUUCCACCGGAAACCACCGAGCUGUAUUUGGACGUGAACGACAUCAAGACGAUCCAACCGGAGAGGUUGAACCACCUGAGGAUUCUCACCAGACUGGAUCUGAGCAACAACCAGAUCGGAAUGCUGUCCAAUGAUACCUUUAGGAAUCUCACGAAGCUGUCGCAUCUAAUCAUUAGUUACAACAAGCUACAGUGUGUGCAACGAAAUGCUCUCGCGGGAUUGAAGAAUCUGCGAAUAAUUUCAUUGCAUGGUAACGACAUAUCGGUCAUCCCAGAGGGAGCGUUUGAGGAUCUCAAGUCCAUAACACAUCUUGCCCUGGGGUCCAACCCGCUUUACUGCGAUUGCAGCAUGCGAUGGUUGGCCGAGUGGGUGAAGAAAGAUUAUGUGGAGCCUGGCAUCGCCAGGUGCAUGGAACCUCCUGCGAUGAGAGACAAAUUGCUUUUGACGACACCGGCUAGUGCCUUUCAAUGCAAAACCAAGCAGCAGCCAGCCGAAGUCUUGGCCAAGUGCGACCUGUGUUACACCUCGCCAUGUGAAAACGGAGGAUUUUGCGAGGCGCUUCCGGACCGGCAGUUCCGUUGCAAGUGCACGCCAGGAUAUCACGGGGACCGGUGUCAGCAUAAAAUUGACGCGUGCUAUGGAAAUCCUUGCAGGAACUCCGGAACUUGCAAAGUACUGGAGGAAGGAAGAUUCAGUUGCGACUGCGCCCCCGGGUACAAGGGACUUCGAUGUGAAAGCAACGUCGACGACUGUGCCAACAACAGGUGCGCUAACAACGCAACCUGCGUCGACCUCGUACAGGCCUAUCGAUGCGACUGCACCCCAGGAUUCAUGGGAGAAUACUGCGAGGAGAAGAUACCCUUCUGCACAAAGGGUCACGACCCCUGCGAGAACGGAGGUCGAUGCGUCGACCACAAGACCCACUACAGCUGCGAAUGCCCAAUCGGCUUCACCGGCCUCAAUUGUUCCACAAACUUGGAUGACUGUGUCGAUCAUAUGUGCCAGAACGGUGCUACUUGCAUUGACGGCAUAAACAAUUAUGAGUGUAAGUGCGCGGCGGAGUAUACAGGGAGAUACUGCGAGGCUGCACCCUCGACAGCCAUGCUGUAUCCACAGACAAGUCCGUGUGCCCACCACGACUGUCAGCAUGGUGCCUGCUUCCAGCCCGCUCCUGCCUCCGCCGCGGACUAUCUUUGCCAGUGCCAUCCCGGCUAUACCGGAAAACGAUGCGAGUACCUGACGAGUCUGAGCUUCGUGGACAAUAGCUCGCUGGUCGAGCUAGAACCGCUACGCACGAGGCCCGAGGCAAACGUGACCAUCAUAUUCAUGACCACGCAGGAAAACGGGGUUCUUCUCUAUGAUGGACAAAGCGACGGACACAUCGCUGUCGAGCUCUUUAAUGGGCGGGUCAGGGUCUCAUACGACGUGGGUAAUUAUCCUACCUCGACGAUGUACAGCUACGAGAUGGUGGCCGAUGGCAAGCCUCACAUGGCGGAGCUUUUGGCGAUCAAGAAAAAUUUUACAAUGAGGGUCGACCGGGGUUCCGCCAGGAGCAUCAUCAACGAGGGUCCGAAAGAGUAUCUCAAGCUUGUCACGCCAAUGUUCGUCGGUGGCGUAGCGCCAGAAGUUGCUAAAGUCGCAUUUACCGACUUUCAUCUUAGAAAUAUUACGAGCUUCCAAGGCUGCAUCUCCGAGAUGUGGAUCAAUCAUAAGUUGGUAGACUUCAGCAACGCCGCAAAGAUGCAUCGCGUUACUCCCGGAUGUGCUGCUAGCGAGGAGGAAGCCGAUGAAGCAAGAGAUAUUGUUGAAGCUGAGGGAAUUAACAGUAGUGGUAGUAACGAGGAGAUCAUCCCACAAGAGCACAUACCUCGCGAACAUUCUGAUGUCAUCAUGUCGGUAAGUGGAUUGGUGCCUGCACAUGCAUGUAUCGGACAUGAAUGCAAAAAAGGAUCUCAAUGCUUACCGUCGCCAUACGGUAACAGCUAUUCUUGUCGAUGUCAAACUGGCUGGCAAGGACGAUACUGCGAGAAAGCACCAACCUGUCGCAAGGAGCAUACCAGGGAGUACUACAGUGAGAAUGGAUGUCGGAGUCGACGACCCGUGAAGCUUGCUAAAUGUUGGGGAAGUUGCGGCAAUUCUUGCUGUUUACCGCGGAAGACUAAACGGCGCAAGGUUCGAUUAAUUUGCGCUGACGGCAUGCGGUACACUAAGGACGUUGACCUGGUGCGUAAGUGCACGUGUACCCGCAAAUGUUACUAGCCAGUCGACGCAUCGCGGCCCGAGUCUCGUCGGCGCGCAUCGAGACGUAAAAUGAGACCGAGAAGAAACCCCUGGAUCCGAAGCAGCACUCCCGAGCGUACUUUCACGUGUCCUCCAAGAUGACGAAAGGAACAACAACGGGGACGACGAGGGCAAGCGCUACGACGUGCCCUCGGCAUCCCUAUGCGAGACGUACGUGGACGAGAAAGUGCGUGAGGAAGUGCAGGCCAAAACUAGAUGGACACACACAUAGCUGGCUCAGUGUGAUAUGUAUUAUUAAAAAAAGAAGAAGAGAGAGAGAGAGAGAGAGAGAGAGAGAGAGCGCGCGAAAGAGAGAAAGAAAGCGAGAGAAAGAAGAAGCAAGAGUAUAUUGUACGUAAUAUAUAGCUACGGACUAUCGAUAUCGAAGCAGUUAAACGUAUACUAGGUAUUAUUCGUAUAUAUAAUGACCCGACAUAGGUAUAUAACGACGAAAACGCGGGCGGAAGAAAGGGUGGGCGCGAGCGCGCGCGGACAAUGUGUCCGUAUAUUUGCGAUCGCGGACCGCGCACGCGGGCGCUUGCGUGUUCGUAAUGUUACGCACGAGUGCGUACGAUUACGCCGUUGAUUUAGCGCGGAAUGGACCUAACUGGUAAUAGGGGAUUCGCGGCUGCGUACAAAUAGGCUUCCGUAAUCUUCUUAUAGGAUAUAUACGCGCUGCUUUUUGUUUAAUACGUCUCCGCAAUUGUAAUCUCUAUUGAGGCUUUGAUGCAAGCAUCUCGAUGUAAUCUGUUUUUCAAAAAUUAUUAUUCAGAAAACGUAUUAAUUGUGUCCUAUAUUAUAACGGAGAUAUUGGAAAAUAUUGCAGUUAAGUUAUUCGAGCAGUUUUACUUGAACUACUUGUAAUGCAACACAUCAUUACGCUAUAGUUAUAAAAUCAACGUCUGUCUAAUCUCUCUGUGUAAUCUCUUAAAUUAAAUUUAUUGUUCUAAAAAAUUGUUUGUAUUUAUAAAAAGAUAUUAUAUAGCGAUAGAGAUUAGUGACAAUCGUAAUUUCUUGAAAGUUUAUAAAUGGUCGACCGCGAAACUUAGAUCCAUGUUAGGUCUAUCUUUCCUCCAGCGAAUUUUUACACUAAACGCGAAUCUUUGAUCGCAUAGCUAUUUCUAUCUACUGAGCAAUGGUCUUGAAUUUUUGCAAGAGAAGAUUUACAAAUAUGUGAAAAAUAGUGAAUGAGAGAGAGAAAGAGAGAGAGAGAGAGAGAGAGAGAGAUGUUUGUGAAAAUGGCGUGAAUGGCUACAAUACUUUUUCGCAAAUUGUUUGAUUUCGACACACUUCGCUUGGCUACAACGCGCGCGAGCAAUAUCGUCGUAGCCAAUAAACGAAACGGAGGCAAAUAAAAGAGAAUGGCGAUGUGUUUCUUGUCUUUUUCAUCAGUUUAGUUGCAGUGCUGCCAAUUUAGCGUUUCAGCUAUCACUUUAACUGCACAAUCUUUAGCUAGUAUGGAUAUUAGGCCGCUUGUAAAUCGUAAUAAACACGAUAAUCAGAAGGGACAAGCAAUUAUGCCGUUAAAGAAUCGACAUAUAGAAUUACAAUUACGUGAAUAGAUCACAAGUAAGUGUCUAACUAAAUGUAAAAUAUAUUUUAAGCAUAGAAGAAACUUAAUUGAAAGUAAGCCGUCAACGUCUUCUUACCUCACUUCACCGACAGCAGCAGUGGGAAUGUAGCUUUAUUUUUGAAAAAGUCAAGAAAUCACAUCGUGUGAUCGAGAUCGCUCGGACUGUAUCGCGUUUCGAAGUGUACUCUUCAGAAAUUUUAUACUUUACGGCCUAAUAUUACGUUUCAAGGCGCAAAAUGCAGUCUGCAGGCUGCACGGAGCAAUGAGAGAUUUGCGUUCAGAUUGAUGCAGCAGAUAAUAGGAAAACGAAUUAUGGAGGAACGGGCAACGCGCGUAUAUUAACGUUCGAUCAACGUUCGAUCGCGAAACGGAUGUAACUAUAUAGGUCAAUGAAAUCGUCGGUAAUCCGAAAACAAGGACUUUACCGAUAUAAAACCGCGUAAUUAUUUUUGUAUAAGCGCAUUAUUUAUAUACCUAAGCUAAUUUGCUAUUAGUUUAAUCAAGAAGCGUAAUUCGUUCGUAUACUACUUAAGCCCGUAUUAAUGUAUGGCGUAAUACGUACCUACCUUACAUCUAUUUAUGCGUAUCUAUUUUUCCCCUGGAUAAUUGCAUCGCAUCUUCCACUGCCAGUAUUUAUAUGUAUUUAUUCCGUUUCCUUGUUUCACUCAUUCUUAUGUUAUGUAAACUGUUUCUUUAAACAUAUACAUUCACUUAGAAGACGAACGAAUAUCUCUCGAUGUGCUUCGCUAUUGUCCUUCACAAUUUCAAUGCGAUCUUGCCGUCUAGCGUGCGCCUCGCGAGAAAGUACCAAUCGUAGAAUAUAUAUAGACAUAGCUUUUGGCCGCUAAACGUUCAACGGCCAUACGAUUUAAAUCUUAUGGCCUGCGUAUCUUUUUAGAGUUUUGUCUCGAAAUUCACUGCCAUCAUAUGACUGCCACGCUUGACGAUUGUCAUGUUAUUAGCCAGUUUUUGCCAUGCAAGAGAGAAUAUAAUGGAAAAGAUAUCUGUCUAUUGAUAUAUAGAUUUUUUUACAUUUUUUUUUUACUUAGCUUCACAAUUGACUUUACUCAGUUUUACACAGAAAGUGUUUUUAUUUUUAUUUAUAGUAAAAAUGGACAAAUAGUGAAAAAUAUUUAAAUUGUAAACACAUACGAUAUCAUCCAUCUAUUGAUAGCCAGGGCCGAGGAUUCUUAUUUGUCUUCAUGUUUUCUUCUUUACAUACUGUAAACGGAAAAAUAGGUGUAUCAUAUAAAUAUGAUAUAAUAUAUAAUAUAAUUUACUAGUAUUAAUAGUCACAUAAGUUCCCUAUGCCAUUUUUUUUUAUGUUUAUAAGCGUCUUGGUUGUCGAUAUUUUAUCAUUCGAACGAAUGUCUGUGAAACACUCGAAAUUAGCACCUGUCGGAAAACAGAUUUUGUAUUACAACUCUGUACAUUUGGUCCAACGAAAUAUAAAUAAACAUACGUAAGCCAGCAUACGUUCAUUCGUCGUAUCGAUAAUCCAUUGCAAUACAUGAUUUAAUUAUUUAUACUAUCUUUGAUGCGCGCUCCGCAUUUAGCAUUAAAGUGCAAAGUUGCAAAAGCAUGACUAAUCAACGUUAUCACGAAUUGAAAAUUGCACCAGUAUAUUUUAC